AACACUAUCAGGCAAUCACAACCCAGCGGCAAAAACAAGCUGAGAAGUCAGCGAGUACGCACUUCAAUGCGCAGCGAUUGAGUUCCGAGUCUCACAGCUCUAAAGCAAGUGUAUAGUGUGCAUCUCUCUGUAUAUAUAGAGAGAGAAAAUAGAGAGAGAGGUAUCUCGAGACGAGUUCGAAUGGGUGCCAUUGCGGGAAUUCUGCUGGACAGCUCAGUUCUGUUGGCCUCCGAUGACGACUCAAAUGGGAAUGCUUCUCUCCGACCUGGAGCCGGUUAUCUUCUUCGCAGGCUUCACUAUUCUAAAAUCCACACGGGAAUAGCUUAUGGACUGGGUCUUUCAGCUCAUAAGGUUGAACUUCUUGAAAGCAUGGCAAGGCAAUAUUCAUUUGAUUGCUUUAUCCUGAAUGCAACAACUGUAGAAAACACCAUGAAUGAGAUUGUUCAGGCUUGGGGUGACAAUGGAAGGAGUUUUUUGCAUGUCAUUUCUAACAAAAAUAUAGACCUCUUUCUUAAUAUACAGAAUCGUGGUUGGAUGAUUGUCAUUCUAAAUGUUGACAGUGACAUUGCAAGAGAUAAUUCAAGCAUGCUUUAUAUCGACAAAUUAGAGGAGCUGCCUCUGACUAUUUGCCGCUUGAAUAGAAAGGUAAGGGCAUCAAGCAAUGAUAUAGUGACAGUUGGCUAUGUUAUGAAGCCUUCUCGCGAAGAAGAUUUUGCAAAGAGAGGUGCAUUCCCCUUGUAUCCUACUCAAAAUGGAUUAAUAUUUAUGCCGCUUACAUUUGAGCUCACUAUGUCAUCUCAGUUACAAGAAGUUGACAUAGUUCUCCACAAAGCAACUGACGAAAUUGUCUCCGUUGAAAUGAGCAAUUCUUCAGAAUUCAUUAACAAGGUCACUUACACCAGGGGCAUGCAGGAAUUGGCAAGGUUUAUUGAACACCAGCCAAAUUUCUGUGUGAUCGACCCACUAAAUAACAUUUACCCUGUACUAGAUCGGUUGAAGAUCCAACAGAUUCUUCUUGGUCUGGAAACUCUCAAGAGGGAAGGUCGCUGUGAAGUCAGGCCCCCCAAUUUUCUCAAGGUCGAUAAUUUCAAUGAGCCCAAUUUGGUACAAAGGUUAUCAGAAGCUAAACUGUCUCUUCCAUGUAUAGUGAAACCUCAAGUCGCUUGUGGUGUAGCUGAUGCUCACAGUAUGGCAAUUGUCUUUGGAGUUGAAAAUUUCGAGGGUUUGAACGUUCCUCUUCCAGCAGUUGUGCAGGAAUAUGUGGAUCAUUCAUCUUCUCUGUUCAAAUUCUAUGUAUUGGGUGAGAAAGUUUUUUAUGCGGUUAAGAAGUCUACCCCUAAUGCAGAUAUUUUGGCAAAAUUAUCUGAAAGAAAUGGACCCAAGCCCUUACACUUCGACAGCUUAAAGUCUCUACCUACUGGUGCUGAAAAUCCACAUUUUGGAGAUGGGGAUUUCCACAAAGUCAAUGAUCAGCGACUCGAUGUUGGGCUAGUGACUGAUGCUGCAAGUUGGCUUAGGAGAAUGCUCAACCUUACCAUCUUCGGCUUUGAUGUUGUUAUUCAGGAGCGCACUGGGGACCAUGUAAUUGUGGACGUAAACUACCUCCCAUCAUUCAAGGAAGUGCCUGAUAAUGAUGCGAUACCUGCCUUUUGGGAAGCCAUUAAGAGGAAGUUUGAAUUGACAGAGACUAAACAAACAACGAUAGCCUCCUCUUAACUCAUCGUUUUGCCGGAAACUGAACCUACAGCUGAUCAGAACAACAAGAAGAAGAGAGAGAGAGAGAGAUCUCCGUUAAGAAGUACAUGUUUGUUUCCUCUGGAACAGAUAUCUGAGUUCCCGAUAACACAUUAUAUUUGAGGAUGAAUUGCCUUUCAGUCUCUAGUUCAUUUGGAUUUCUUCAGAAAUGCACUAUACUACCUUGAUAUUUGAAAUUUUGACAGUGCUUGCAACUUUGAACAGUGUUUAUCUUCUUACCUGAUAUUCUAAGUAGCAACCGGUAAUCAUAAUUUUGGAGGAUGACAUGGUUUGACUUUAUAGGUUUAUAGAUUGUUUGGGUAA